CAUUUAUGGAAAGUAUUUGGACGAAAUAUUUGUAUUCCUUGUGCUGGAUUAAAAGUUUGUUCAGCAUUUACUGUGAGAAAUAACGAAUUUGUCAAAUCAACCACAAGUCAACGAUCAAAAUUUCAACUUCAAGAAAUUCUUUUAGAAGAAGUCUGGCUGGCGGCGAUUAGAUUUUUAAAUAAAACAGUAGACAUCGCUAAGGUGUCAAUGGACAGUACGAAAGAAGACCAAGCUAAUCAAAUAAAUCUACCAACAUACUUUGGAAUUAGGACCGCUCUUCGCAUAAAGAAAGUUAAUUUGCGCAAAUUAGAAAAAAAAACUCAAUAUACCGAUCUUAUAAUUAAUGAGUCACAAGAGCUAGGCGAAGCUUUAGGAACUGUU